AUGGAGGGCCACAGGAAUGUGCGAGCAGAGGACAGCGGAGGGUGCCAGCUGCUAAAGCAGCAAGCACAAACUGAUGCACCAAGGGGAGAAGGACCGGGGACCAGCAAAGUCCACAACAAGUUCCACCGAGAUGUGCUGAGCAAAGGCCAGAGCCCCAGAAGAAAACAAGUGUAGCCUCUGAGCGAAGCUGACCUCACCCGGAGUGCAAACCCCACUGGCCCGGGGAGGGGAUCUGUGUGAUUGGCAAUGAGCCCUGUGCUGUCAGAGCUCUUGAGCGAGCUUCCAGGCUGGUUCCUCUUCUCUGGCAUCUUCCUGCCUGUGACUUUGCUGCUGCUCCUUCUCAUUGCCUACUUCAGGAUCAAGCUGAUGGAGGUUAAUGAAGAACUGUCACAGACUCCCGAUCACCAACACAGUCUCAACGCUGGCUCUUCCCCCUACCAGAGAAAGAAGUGGACGUGACUGUCAGGGACUGAUCAGUGGCAAAAGCACAGUGGAUUUCCACUGGUCAGAGAGUAACAGUCAACAGCUUAGC